ACCCGCGCAGCAAACCCUUUGCCCACUGAGCCGUGUACUCUGCCCUGGCCAUGCCUUUCUUAAAGGACGCUGUGACACUUGUGAAGGAACCACAGCAGCUGCCCGCCAUCCCUCUUUCAUGGUUCCUCCCGAGCAUGUUUGCCGCCUUCAAUGUCGCGCUGCUGCUGUUUUUGAGUGGCCUUUUCUUCGGAUUCCCUUGUAGGUGGCUGGUUCAGAACGGGGAGUGGGCCUUUCCUGCCAUCACAGGCCCACUCUUCAUCCUCACCUUCUUCAGUCUCGUCUCGCUCAACUUCUCAGACCCUGGUAUCUUACAUCGAGGCUCCACCAAAGAGGACCCCAUGAUGGUGCAUGUGGUGCGAGUGAACCAAAGGGCUUUCCGCCUGGAAUGGUGCCCCAAGUGCCUCUUCCAUCGCCCACCCCGCACCUACCACUGCCCGUGGUGCAACAUUUGCGUGGAGGACUUCGACCACCAUUGCAAGUGGGUCAAUAACUGCAUUGGUCACCGCAACUUCCGCCUCUUCAUGCUGCUGGUCCUGUCCCUCUGUCUCUACUCGGGAGCCCUGCUGGUCACCUGCCUGAUGUUCCUAAUUCGCACAAGGCAUCUGCCCUUCUCCCUGGACAAGGGGAUAGCCAUCCUGGUGGCUGUGCCCGCUGCGGGCUUCUUGAUUCCACUCUUCCUGCUGCUGCUGAUCCAGGCCAUAUCUGUGAGCAGGGCGGAGAGCUCCUACGAGAGCAAGUGCAGGUACCAUCCGGAAUACAACCCCUUUGACCAGGGCUUUGCCAAGAACUGGUAUCUAACAAUGUGUGCACCACUGGGUCCCAAUUACAUGUCUGAAGUUGUCUGUCUGCAAAGACCAGUGGGGACAGAACGGAUCCAAGAGAAGACAAAGCCCUCGCCGCCAUGCCCUCCUAAACACGGUCACCCAGGUCCUCCAGCGCCCCAGCACCGACCUCGGCACGGUCCAGGGAAGGGGCCCCCAGGGAGUGGAGAAGCCGCAGCUCUCCAGGAGAUGAGAAGGCUGCCUGCAUCUGUGGAAAAGUCCCCAGGAGGUACAUGCCAACCCACAGCUGAACCUGCCGCUGGAGACCCCUAGAUGAGACUUGCCCUGGUGCACACAGAGCCAGGACCACC